UCUUUAUAGCGGCGUGUUGCAACGUACUGCAGCAGCUGCCAACUUGUUGAAGAACAUCCAUAUGAAGGAUACGCCGCGUGUUCGUCCUUUCCCUGUGCUGUGUCGUGUUGUGUUCGAAUUCGAUUUAAAAAACAAUUGCUUGGACUGCAAUAAAUAAAUACAAAAUCACAAUAAACAUUAAUAAAUACAAAUAUGCUACAAUACAUCGCUAUCAGCUGUGCGUUACUGGCACUUUUAUGCCAACAGCCAACAUCUGCUGCAAUUCACAGACGCAGUGGAGCCAAAGCAGCCAAUGCACUUGCCACCGAGCCCGAAGUCGAAAGCGCUGAGGUUGAAACGCCCAACACAGAGGAUACGAAUCCAGCGGCGAGUCUGGAGAACACCGACCUGCUGGAUAAACUCAGUUGGAAGUGCGCUAACAACGCCAGUUGCUUGGCCGGCGUUGCUAAUGGUAUUGCGGCAUCCUACCGACGAGGCGAGACCAUCAAGUUGGGGCUCUUCGAUUUAGUCAAGCUGCCGGCACUGGACGAGGCGCACAAGCAUAAAUGGGGCACCGGCCGCGGACUCUCCAGCUUUAUGGACUUUGUCAGUGGCAACGCCAUCCGAGUGCCCGUUGGCCCAAUGGUGUUUAGCGUGCAGCGUGCUGAAGAUGAUAGCGAUUACAUUGAAGUGGCGCUGCUGAAGAAGGCAUCGAGUGGCACAGGACGCCUUCAGGGUAACGGCGGCGGCGGUGGCGGACUCCUUGGAGGCGGUGGCGGCGGCGGCGGAGGUCUGCUGGGCGGAGGCGGUGAUAAUGGCGGUGGAGGAUUAUUGGGCGGGCGUCGACGUCACCAGAAAGAGGAUAAGAAGCAGUUCCAAAUGUACAUACCCAUGUAUUUGGCAGCCACAACCUUUGGCUGGACAAUGGUGGCUGCCAAGGCUGUUGGCUUGUUGACGCUAAAAGCUCUCAUUCUAUCGAAAAUAGCCUUUGUAGUAGCUGCCAUAGUGCUAAUCAAGAAACUAAUGGACAACGCUAGUGAAAAAAUGAUGUACCAAUUUCCGGAGCACUCUCCCUAUAUGAUGCCCUAUGGCAUGGACUAUCCCAUGCAUGCAGCCGAACUAUCGCCGGAAAUGUAUCCGGGCGCAUUGCAUCAACUCGCCGUGGCGGGCGGUGGUCAGGUGCCGCAUUCGGGCCAUCCGGGCGUGGAGAGCAUAACCGCUGAGAGCCAUUUGCACUCGCAGGUAUCGGGAGAUGGCAACAACAACACCAACGUAAUGGCCGCUCUUGGGGGCAUUGGCGGGUUGAGUCACAAAAUUAAACGUGAGGAUUCGUGGAUAGCAAAGACCACCCCGGCUCGACGACCUUUCAUCUAUAAUUAUGUGCAACCGCAGAUGCCCUUCUACCGCUCCUAAAUCAAAAAAAAGAUGAAAACCAAUAGAACUCAAAUGAAGCUUAGCCAAUUUGUGCAGCUUUGGCCCCAACCGCUACCAAAGACCGCUGAGAGGACAGGAGGAGGUGAGGUUAUGCUGCCAUAUGACCAUCUGAUGUGACGCACGCGUCUGGCAAACGAGGAAUGCUUUGAGCUGCUUAUAAACAUAAUUAACUUAUUUAUUUAUAAUAUUUAUUGAUUUGUUGAUAGUUUAGAAUAACCUGAUACACACAUUUAGUAUAGAUUUUCCGAAUAAUUAGCAAUGAAAUGCUACAAAAAUUACAAAAAAAAAAUUAAAUAAAGAAGUGAGCAAAAUAUGGCUCAACAUUGUA